AUGAAUAUUGAUGAAGAUGCUGGUAGCAGUAAAGCUAUCACCAGCAAGACAUCAGCAGACAAUAUAGACAACAGAGAUAUACCCCUCAAUAUAUUAGAUAAAACUCAAAGAGAGAAGAUUUUUGAAGAAAAGAAGACAUAUCUGCAAAAGAAUCCAGCAGAUAUAUAUAAACAAAACAAGAUACACAGACUGCAGAAGCAGAUAGAAUAUGAACAGAGAAUAAUAAAUAAUAAUUUCUCUUUAAAGUUUCUCUUACAGAUACAACUGAUAAAGAAGUCAGAUGAUUUUGAUAAUAUGAAGCUCUUAAAAGUAUCUUACUAUUAUGGCAAAUCACUUAAUGAGUGCAAAUUGUGA